GCCCGUGGCCGCUGCUGCUUCGCCGCCGCUUCUCCCGUUCCUCUUGUGCUGCCGCCAUGUUCGUCUCCGACUGCCGCCGGGAGUUUUACGACGUGAUUGUCAGCCAGCGUGUUCUUCUUCUUGUUGCUUCAGAUGUUGAUGCAUUAUGUGCUUGUAAAAUACUCCAAGCUUUGUUUCAGUGUGAUCAUGUGCAGUAUACACUUGUCCCGGUAUCAGGAUGGCAAGAACUUGAAACUGCCUUUCUAGAGCAUAAAGAUCAGUUCAAAUAUUUUGUUCUUAUUAACUGUGGUGCCAAUGUUGAUCUUCUGGAGAUCUUGCAGCCUGAAGAAGACACUUUUUUUUUUGUAUGUGACAGUCACAGGCCUAUCAAUGUAGUGAAUGUUUACAAUGACACACAGAUUAAGCUGCUAGUUAAACAAGAUGAUGAUCUUGAUGUUCCUGCUUAUGAUGAUAUCUUCAGAGAUGAAGAGGAUGAAGAGGAGGACUUAGAGAAUGAAAGUGAUGGGUCAGAACCUUCAGAGAAACGUAGACGUUUUGAAGAGGAUGUAAUAGAGAGAACAAUGAAAAGGCGACAGAGGCGAGAAUGGGAGGCACGCAGACAAGAAAUUCUUUUUGAUUAUGAGCAAUAUGAAUACCAUGGGACCUCAUCUGCAAUGGUGAUGUUUGAUCUGGCAUGGAUAAUGUCUAAAGACUUGAAUGACAUGUUAUGGUGGGCUAUUGUUGGUCUGACAGAUCAGUGGGUCCAAGAUAAAAUUACUCAAAUGAAGUAUGUGACAGAUAUUGGAAUCCUACAGCGUCAUGUAUCUCGCCAUAACCACCGCAACGAGGAUGAAGAAAAUUCUCUGUCAAUUGAUUGCAUGCGAAUAGCAUUUGAAUAUGAUCUGCGCCUGGCUCUUUAUCAGCACUGGUCUCUAUAUGAAAGCCUCUGUAACACUUCAUAUACCUCUGCUAGCCUUAAGCUUUGGUCCGUACAAGGGCAGAAGAGGCUUCAGGAGUUUUUGGCUGACAUGGGUUUGCCUUUGAAGCAAGUGAAACAGAAGUUUAAUUCCAUGGACAUGUCUUUAAAAGAAAAUCUUCGGGAAAUGAUUGAAGAAUCUGCAAACAAGUUUGGAAUGAAAGAUUUGAGAGUUCAGACUUUCAGCAUUCACUUUGGCUUUAAGAACAAGUUCUCAGCAAGUGACAUAGUAUAUGCAACAGCUUCUCUCAUGGAAAAUAUAGAGAAAGAGGGGCCUGAAACAACUAAUUUCAUUAAAGCUUUGGACAGUCUCUCCAGGGGUAACCUGGACAAACUGCACCAAGGACUGGACCUAGCCAAAAAGCAGUUACGUGCCAUUCAGCAGACAGUAGCCAGCUGUAUUUGCACCAAUCUUGUAAUUUCUCAGGGGCCUUUUCUUUAUUGUUCACUCAUGGAGGGCACGCCAGACGUGAAACUAUUUUCCAAACCAGUGUCUCUGUGCCUGCUUAGUAAAUACCUGCUCAAGUCGUUUGUUUGCUCUACAAAAAACAAGCGUUGUAAGUUGCUACCACUGGUAAUGGCUGCACCAAUGGACGCUGAACAGGGAACUGUGAUCAUGGUGGGGAUUCCUCCGGAGACAGAAAGCUCUGACAAAAAGAACUUUUUUGGAAGAGCAUUUGAGAAAGCUGCAGAUAGUACCAAUUCUAGGACUUUACACAACCAUUUUGACAUGUCGAUAAUUGAACUGAAAACAGAAGACCGAAGCAAAUUUCUGGAUGCACUCAUUUCUCUCUUGUCCUAAAGAAAUUUGAAACAGUGGAUCAACAGCUGCAAUCUGUUUGUUUCUUUACACUCUGAAUACUGGUUGUUUCAGUUUGUCUUCUGCCGGUGUUCUUGGCUCCUUAUGCUGGAAGCUGAGGAUCCGAUGCUCUGAAAUUAUUUUGGAUGUUCCAAAGUUCAUGGUGCUGCAAUUGUGAAGUAUCAUCUUGCUUUAUUUCAAAUGUACUGGUACAGAACUAGACUGUUGUUUUUAUUCCUCCUCAGAGGUAAAAGGAUUUUAACCUUAGCAGACAGAUAUUGAACACUGCUUCUUUGUAAACAACCCAUCCUUCUAAUGGCAAAAGGUGUCAACUAGAAGUAUUUAAAAUUUAACUUCUAUCUGUCAAAUCUGCUUUUAUGAGUAGACAUGCUCCUGUGAUGUUUAGUUGUUGGCUAAUAACAAAAAAAAUAGGUUUUGAAGAAGUUUCAUAUUUAUAUUAUUAUAUUACCAUUCAAAUGUUCUUUUUAACUUGUUCUAAAUGUUUAGUGUUGUUGGGUUUUUUUUGUAAGAGACUUUUUGAAACUCUCCUUUAAUUUCUAGAAUAUUGAAACUGUUGUUUAGUACUAUCAGGCUGAGGUCUUGUGCUUUAAUUGAAGUAACUUUCGAGAGACGAGUUUUAAGAUUUUAAGGCUUUUAAAAUCCAAGUACUGAAUAACUGCCAAAUACUGAAUGAAAAUUCUGGGGAAUUCCAGUGUCAAGAAAGCAUUUUUAGUCAUGUGUUAUGAUAUUGUAUUGUCACUUGUAGCUCGGCUUAAGGAACAAUUUUCCUGGAAAGAGUCUAAAAUACUAUGAUAAUUGUGUGUAGAUUGUAGCAUUAUAAAUAUUGACAGACUAGCUUAAUUCUGUCCCAUAACAGAGAUUUAAUUUCAUUUUGGUCAUAUGAAAUGGUAUGGUUCGUUAGACUUAACCUGCUGUGCAUUGGGUGGGUAUGUAUAUGUGUAUGUUUGGAAUUCUUCUUGCAAUGUUUGCUUGAAUUCUGUGUGACUUCAAUGUUUUCAUGUAUUAUAAUGAAUAUGUAAAGGUUAUGUAUCACUGCACCAUACACUGUACAGAUUUUUAAUACAGGUUAAUUUAAUAUUAAAUGUGAUUUAAAUGUAGCCAACAGAAAGCUAAUUAAACUAUAUAUUUUUAUUCAAA